GCUAACAAGAGGUACAUCAUCAAUCUUUCACCAUCAGCGAGGUGUUUUCUCACUGAUCAUCCUCCAGAAAAAUAGUAAAUAAAAACGACAUAAAAGAUAAGAUGGCCACCUCCUCCUCCACUCUGGAAGAAGACGAGAGUUUGAAAGGUUGUGAAAUCUUUGUGCAGAAGCACAACAUCCAGCAGAUCCUCAAAGAGUGCAUUGUGAACCUCUGCAUCGCUAAGCCCGAGCGUCCUAUGAAGUUCCUGCGGGAGCAUUUUGAAAAGCUGGAGAAGGAAGAAUGCAAGCAGAUUAUGGCACGCCAGAAAUCUAACAGCCAGUCAGACUCACACGAUGAUGAAGUUUCUCCUCCUCCACCAAAUCCUGUUGUCAAGGCCCGCCGCCGCAGGGGAGGAGUCAGCGCAGAAGUGUACACGGAGGAGGAUGCUGUCAGCUACGUACGAAAGGUGAUUCCUAAAGACUACAAGACCAUGACUGCCUUGGCUAAAGCCAUCUCUAAGAAUGUGCUGUUUGCUCACCUGGAUGACAACGAAAGAAGUGACAUAUUUGAUGCCAUGUUCCCAGUCACCCACAUCGCAGGAGAAACAGUUAUCCAGCAAGGUGAUGAAGGAGACAACUUCUAUGUGAUAGACCAAGGUGAAGUGGACGUGUAUGUGAACGGUGAGUGGGUGACCAACAUUGGAGAAGGAGGUAGUUUUGGAGAACUGGCUCUGAUCUAUGGGACUCCAAGGGCUGCCACUGUCAAGGCCAAGACUGAUCUGAAACUGUGGGGCAUCGAUCGAGACAGUUACCGACGCAUCCUCAUGGGUAGUACACUGAGAAAGAGAAAGAUGUAUGAAGAGUUCCUCAGCAAGGUCUCCAUCCUCGAGUCUUUGGAUAAGUGGGAGCGUCUGACCGUGGCUGAUGCUCUGGAGCCUGUUCAGUUUGAGGAUGGAGAGAAGAUUGUGGUGCAAGGGYAGCCUGGUGAUGACUUCUUCAUUAUUACAGAGGGAAUAGCCUCUGUUCUGCAGCGCAGGUCUGAUAAUGAGGAAUAUGUGGAGGUGGGACGUCUUGGACCCUCUGACUACUUUGGUGAGAUCGCCCUGUUGUUGAAUCGUCCCAGGGCAGCCACCGUUGUCGCUCGUGGCCCCCUCAAAUGUGUGAAGCUGGACAGGCCUCGCUUUGAGCGCGUGCUUGGGCCUUGCUCAGAGAUCCUGAAGAGGAACAUCCAGAGAUACAACAGCUUCAUCUCCCUCACCGUGUGAGAGUUCCCCACACCAGCAGCAGUGUGCAACAUCAGCAUCAACAUUUUAUUGAGAGGGUGGCAAGUGGGGUUGUGAGGAGGAGGCAGGGUAAAGAUUUUAGAUCAAACAUUACUUUCACAAGGCUAAUAUUUUCUCUGUUUUGCACGUUUUUUUUAAAACUUUGUGCACUUUGACUUGAUCUGUUCUGUCACGCAGCUUUAUGUCAAACACAACAAUGCAGGGGUGUAAAAUCAGGAGGAAAAUUCAUGAUGUAAUAUAAACAAAUCAUGCAUACAGUGUGUUGGCUGUACAUGAUGCAUGCAAGGCUGGCACAAAAUAGUGUUUGCACUUUGAAYUUAUURAUGAGGGGUGGAAAUGUGGAGGAAGCAAAGUAAUCUUUACUUACAGCGUGAAGAAGUGAGUUAACAUUUCCUUGUUUGCCUUUAUUUUUUACAUCUUACUGUGUGUGUCAUCAUUUCUAGAACAAAAUACGCACUACACAGAUCUCUGUUCUCUAAAAUGUACUGUAGUGCUAGAAAUGUAAAAAAAAUUCCUUGGUCGUAGCUUCUUUUUUCUUCUUUUUAAAAGCGCUUUUACUGCUGAUAUCAGUUGUAUGUUGCGUUAAAUGCUAACUUUGCAAAUAUUUUUUUUUACAUUUCGAACAAAUCACAUGAAAGGUAGGAAAGCAUCUUGAAGCUUCUGUUGUCAUUUCAUCCAAAGCAUGAUGAAUCGUUUUUGUUCCUUUAGGCUACAAUGUUGCCAAAAACUGACACAUAACAUUCCACUGAGUUUCUGAAAAUAUAUGAAGCCCACCUCCAUGGACUAAUUAAUAUAUUAAUUUCAGCCUAUGUAGUUCCUAUAAGGCAGCUGGUCCACAUCCUGAGGAACAUAUCAAACUUUAUAAAAAUUGCUGUUUUACUUUGCCAUUUUUUCCACAAUGAAACUCCUCAAAACUUCUGGGUCUCUGUGCUGCUUAAUACUUUGAAAAUGUGAGCUGUUUUUUUGUCUUUGCAUCUAAAUAUGAUACGUUUUCGUAAGAGGAAGGAGGACUUCAGCUGCACAGAAAAUACUUACUGGUACGAUCACUUUGUUAUUGAUUUUAGCCAUCAUAGAUUACUUGACAGAAAAACUGUAAAAUCCUGUAAAAUCUUUGUUUUGUUUGUGCCACCCAAACUAAAUGAUAGUUUGUUUGUUUCAGUAGAAUUUUUUUCUUCUCCCUGAAGCAGUCUCAGUACUCUAAAGGCCCAGUAGUAGUAUCUCACUGCUUCAUUGUGUCCACUUUCACUGUCUCAGGACUGAAUAACUCCUCAUCUCAAUCCCAUCCACAUCUGAUGCUUUUUAAAACAGAUUUUGUUCAAUGCAGUGCUGGAGGAAAGUGUUUGUAUCACUUAAAAGUUUGUUGCAUCGUGCCUAAUUUAGUUUUUUUUUAACACAUUACUUAUAUGUUCUAAAUAAGAAAGAGUUAAAUAUAUUUCUGCUUUGGUUUCAUUUACAACACUCUGUAAAAACUGCACAACUGACCAAGCAACUGAUGUAUAAAUAAGACCUUAAGAAAAAAGAUUCUUUCUGAAUUUUCUCUUUCUGUGUAUCUUUUUCUUUCACCUACAAAACCAUAUUGGGCAAAUAAAGACAAGCUUGAUUCACGUUGUUA